AUGACUGUUGUGGCUCCUUUGGAGAUCCGUGUCUUCUCUGACUUAGUGAACAAGGCUAGAGUAGUGGAAGAGUAUGCCAAAACUGUGGCGGCAUCCAAGGACACUCAUGGAGGGAGCUCUAGUCGGGGGCGUGGCAAGUAUUUUCACCCGAGAGGACAAAGCUUCAAGAGAGGAGGAUAUGCGUCUCAAGGCCAAGGGGGCUUCAGAAAGAGCAAUCAGAAUCAAUUUCAGUAUGCUAAGGGAAGUGGAAAUCAGAGUGGUUGUUUCAAUUGUGGGUUGCCUGGCCACAUUGCGAGGGAUUACACUCGUGGGAGGAAUCAGAAUGCAGGCCAGAGUCAGCAUCAAGGUCGAGUCUUUGCUAUGAAUGCCAAGGAUGCUUCCAAGGCGGAUCCAUUGAUGAGAGGUAUAUGUCUAAUUGGUGAUAAAUCCUUAGUUGCAUUAUAUGAUACUGGAGCUUCGCAUUCAUUUAUUUCAUUUGCUAAAGUUGAGGAAUUAGGCUUGAAAGUGUCAGAGUUACCUUUUGAUCUGCAUGUACAUACUCCGCAUCAAACAGUUAUGACUAGGUCAGGUUGUAGACAAGUAGGUUUCAAGCUUGAGGGUAGAGGCUUUGUGCACGAAAUGAUUUUGGGGUUUGAUUGGUUGUCAAAGAAUCGGGUUUUGUUGGAUUGCUUUGAAUGGACUAUUCGGUUUAUGUUGGAAGGAGAGAAUGGAGCAGUGGUAGCUACGGGGUAUUACCUGAACUCUAUUUCGGUGGUUAGAGAUUUUCCAGAAGUAUUCCCGGAAGAUAUCCCUGAGUUCCCACCUCAAAGGGAAAUUGAAUUUUCAAUUGAAUUAGUGCCGAGAGCUGGACCAGUGUCGAUUGCGCCUUAUAGAAUGGCUAUGAUAGAGCUGGCAGAAUUAAAGACUCAGUUGGAAGAGCUUCUGAACAAGAGGUUCAUUCGACCGAGUGUAUCACUGUGGGAGCGCCAAUUUUAUUGGUAA